UAUGUCCGAUAACAGAAUGCGAAACAUUCCAUCAAGUAUUUUAGAUUUUCAUGUAUUUAGCUGCUUCUUCAAAAUAAUCAUCACAAUAAUCAUGCAAAAAGAUUGAACAUUCCCCAACAAGUUACUAGUUAGUGCUUUCAUAAUUUUGUAAUAACUAAAAACGAGAAAAACCCUAAAAAUCAGUUCCAUGCAUGUAAUCAGAUAGAAGUCUAAUUCAAAAUUUACAAUAAUAAAUCAUUGAGCUAACAAAAAAAGUAGAGUAUCUCAGUUAGGAAAAUAAAACACUCAAACAAAAUCGAGGAAAUACUUUAGAUGUAUUUGUUUAACUUAUAUUUCUAGAAUAUUCAAUAGAAAUACUAAUAAAUGAAUAACUAUAGUAAGUUGUUAGAAUAAUUGCAAUAAUUAAAAAUAGAAAACAUCUCAUUAAAACAAAGUCUAUUUCAAUUAAAAAUAGAUUUCUAAAUCUCAAUAAAUCCAUUGAAAUAAAUUAUUAACCAUUAUAUUACAGUACCCCAACAUGAUAUUAAAGAUGUUUUUGAAUUAAGACUUUCAUAAUUAGAAGGUGAGUAUUAAUGAUUAAAUUUUUAGAAUAAAUUUCACUUUAAAAGUCUAAAUGCGAAUUAUUGAAUAUUGAAAGAACUUAAUUACUUGAACAGAACAAUAAUUUAGAAAAUGAACUAUAUUAAUGUAAAUAAAAGUUAGAAAAUACCAUUAAGAAAUGA